AUGACUUCAAACGGCAAUGGCAACGGCAAUGGAGACUCCGCCUCACGCGGGGAAUCCGCGUCGCCCUCCCCUCGGUCCGCAUCCACCUCCCUGCAAGCCGCCGCAACUAUGAAUGCUGGCCUUCAGCAUGAACCUACGAGACGCUCCUCCAGCGGCUCCUUAUCGCGGAAUCGACAAUCACCGCAAACCGGCCGACGACGCUCUACCGUCUUGAUGAACCUCCAGCUCAACGACCCGUCUGUCCCCGGCCCCGGAGAGAUGGUUACCGAGAGCGGUAGCGGCCAUAGCACCACUAGCCCUCACCUUGUAUCUACGUCCCCGCUUCUCAUCGGCGGGGAUCCGCACCACAAUAGAGCACCAAGUUUGGGGGAGCUCCAUCAGGAACUAGAGGCGGAGCAGGAGGCACAAGUAAACCGACUCCUGCACAUGAUUCGCCAACAGCAACUUCAGCUACAGCAACUUCAAGCGGCUCAAGGCCAAAGCCAAACCAGCGUAGCCGCCGAAGACGCGACGCCUACGUCGGAGAGAUCAAGCUCCGUGGCGUUGCAGAACCCGGCUGUGCCAUCCGUCCUUCCCGCCCCAUCCACGUCGGUUCCUCGUUCGCCGGUUCUGUCGCAUCCUCGCUCUUCCUUCGAUAUGGCACGCGACGCCCUGCACCGGAGGUCUAGGACCCCAAGCCGUGGGGCACCAUCUCCUAGAAUGAGGUCGACCUCUAUCAGCGGGGAGGGUGGAGAGCCGCUUAUUUCCGGCGUUCGUGACGAGAGUGCUUACUAUCAAGCCGAGACCCAAUCCUUAAUCCGCGAGAACCAGAUGCUGCGUCACAGAAUCCGGGAACUCGAACGCCAAUUGAGCGAGGCUCAUGCCAACGCGUCGCUGACGCGAGAACCGACACAUCAUUCUCAUCUCACGCAGUCAACCUCGGUAUCUGAAGAGGACAGCACGACGCUCUCCGGCGGCGGCGGCACCGACACCACGCUGCUCCUCGAGCGGCACGCGCGGGUCGGCACCGAGACGUCGUCGCGCAACAGCGAGGUCAUCCACGCCGGCCUGUACUACGGCGCGUCGUCGCUCAAGGCACGGCUCUGCGCCGCCGGCCGCCGCGCGCUGUACGACUUCUGCGACAUGCACGGCGUCCCUCACGCCCGCAUCGGCAAGUGGAUCGUCGCGCAGGACGAGCCGCAGCGGCGGGCCCUCGAGCGCAUCCGCGCCCUCGGGAGCACCGGCCGGAUCGACGCGCCGACGCGCUGGCUCCGCUCCGCCGAGGUCGCGCGCCUCGAGCCCGCCGUCCGCGCCCGCUCCGUGCUCGAGAGCCCCGAGACCGGCAUCGUCGACUCGUACGCGCUCAUCGCCAAGCUGCACCACCUGCUCGAGGACGCCGGCGGCAUCGUCGCCCUCGGCUGCGACGUCGUGGCCGUCGAGCCCGUCGGCGGUGGCGGCUGCCCCGGCAGCCGCGGCUGGCAGCUCACCGUGCGGGAAGCCGCGACUGGCGGCCAGGACGUCCGCAUCUCGACGUCGACCGUGGUCAACUGCGCGGGGCUGGGCGCCGCGCGCAUCCACAACAUGAUCGUGUCCUCUUCCUCGUCUCCUUCGCCCGUCGCCCCCGUGCGCCUCUACUACGCCAAGGGCAACUACUUCUCGUACGCGUCUGCGACGCCGCGCGUCUCGCGCCUCAUCUACCCGGCCCCGGAGCCCGGCGCCGCCGGGCUCGGCACACACCUCACGCUCGACCUGGCCGGCCGCAUGCGCUUCGGCCCCGACGUCGAGUGGGUCGACGACCCGACCGAUCUCGCGCCGAACCCGCGCAACCUGGCCCGCGCCCUUGCCGAGAUCCGCACCUACCUCCCCGCCGUCGACGCCGCGGCGCUCGCCCCCGACUACGCCGGCAUCCGGCCCAAGCUGCGGCCCGCGCCCGCGCCCGCGCCUGCGCCCGCGCCUGCGCCCGGAGCGAAAGGGAAGGCGAAAGGGGGCGUCGGCGACGAUUUCGUCGACUUCCACAUCCGCCAGGAGGACGGCUACGCCGGCUGGGUCAACCUCCUCGGCAUCGAGAGCCCCGGCCUGACCAGCAGCCUCGCCAUCGGCGACCUCGUGCGCGACAUGCUGUACGCGAGCCACAAGGUCGAAGGGUCGCCCGCGUUGUAG